AUGGUGUCGGUCAACCUUCCAUGGGAAUUAGUGGAAGAGAUCCUAUGUAGGGUUCCACCUCAAUCUCUUGUUAAAUUCAGAACCGUAUGUAAGCAAUGGAAUUCUCUUUUCGAUGAUAAUAAGUUUGUCAACGACCACUUUGUUCAAUCACAACCACAAUUAAUCUUCCGAACCGAGUCUAAGAUUUAUUCGGUAGCCGUAAAUUUCAAAGGUCCACGGAUAGAGGUCCAUGAGUUACCCUUAGCCAUUCCUGGUUUGAAAUCUGAGAUGCCGAUACGGCUACACGACUAUGUUGAUUGUGAUGGCUUGUUGUUUUGUACUAGCUACUUUAACGGGGUCUUGAUUUGGAACCCCUGGUUGAGACAAACUAGAUUUUUCCCAUCCAUACAUCGUUAUCCAGUCACAUAUGACAUAGGUUAUGAUAACAAAAAACAAUACAAGAUGCUCGAUUAUUAUAAAUGUGAAGGUGACUCAUCAAUAAAAUCCAUAAUUUAUGAGAUUGGGUUAUAUUCAAAGAAAGUUAAAGAUUUGGAGUCUGAUAGUACUUGGUCAAUUUUCCAAUCAAAUAGCGUAUCUCUGAAUGGAACUUUGUAUUGGGCUGGUGUAGAUGUUAACAAUGGUAUUUUCAUUAGAAGCUUCAGUUUUUCAACAGAAAAACCAAGAACUUUUUGUAGUCUACCGUUUAUGUACGAUGACGACAAUGUUCUAGCCCUUGCGGUUUUUAGGAAAGAUCGUCUUUCAUUGUUAAACUUAUGCAAUAAAACAUCAGAGAUAAAGAUUUGGUUGACAAAGAAUAAUAUCAAUGAUAGGGAGGUAGGAUUAGAAGAGGACGUGGUGUGGAUAAACCUCAUGACAGUGUUAAUACCUAAUUUCCCUAAAUUUUCAUUUUAUUGGUAUAACCGUCCUGACCUAACUUACUUCCUCGACAACGAUGAUGCUAAGAGGCUUGUCAUUUGUUGUUAUGAUGAAACUGAUCAGGCUUACAUCUACAUUGUAAAAGGAGAUAUGUUCAAGAAAAUCAAAAUAGAUCAGUAUGAGGUUCUAUCUGAUUAUUCUCGCCCGCACUUCCAUACUUAUAUCCCCAGUUUGGUUCGGCCUUCCCGGGUCAAAGAGGACAACAAGAAUUAA